AUGUCAUCUUCGCCCUCCUCUCCUUCUACUUCUACUUCGGCUUCGGCCCGGUUCGACCUCUUCGCCGACGUGUGGGGCGUCCCAAUGGGCGCCUAUCAAUUGCCCGUGGAAUUGCCCGUCUCGCCCCCGCGACGGCUCGAUCACCUCCACUCCACCGUCCCUCAACACCACCAGCAGCUGCCCCACAACCAUUGCCUUCACCCUUCUUCUUUCCCCCCGAGUGCCGAGGCGCCCAAGAAGCGGGCCAACAACGUGCCCAUCGAUCCGACGGGACGAGGGAAGUCAGCGACCAAGGCCCUCGUUCGGCGCUGCGGCGAGUGCCAGCGAACUAAUACGAGCCAGUGGCGCAAGGGACCCCACGGGUUCAUGCUGUGUAACGCCUGCGGCAUUCGGGCGUUCAGGGCGAAGGACAAGGUGAGCGGCCAGGUGGUCGGGUACCACAUCCACAACCACGAACCUGGACAUUCAAUCGAACAUCAUCUUGAGGUGCCGCUAUCACCAUCAGCGCGAGAAGAGGCCGAGCCCAAGCGAUCAACUAUUCACGGCCUGCUCAAUUGA